AUGCCUAUCCAAUUCACCGUUUUCAAGGGUUCCAAGGACGGAAACAUCGUCGAGAGUAAGACCCAGCGACCCGACCUCAAGGGCGAUGACGUUCUUGUUCGCGUCACUCAUUCCGGUGUCUGUGGUACCGACCUUCACUACAAGGGCGCUGAUAUGGCCCUUGGCCACGAGGGUACUGGUGUUGUGGAAGCGACCGGUCCAGAUGCACACACUCUGAAGAAGGGCGACCGCGUCGGAUGGGGUUACGAGCAUGACUGCUGUGGCCACUGCAAGUACUGUUUGACCGGCUGGGAGACCAUGUGUCCUGAGCGCAAGAUGUACGGUUUGGCAGAUCUCGAUCAGGGAUCUUUCGCUUCCCACGCGGUCUGGCGCGAGGCUUUCCUGUUCAAGAUUCCCGAGGGCGUUUCCAACGAGGAUGCUGGUCCUCUGAUGUGUGGUGGAUCCACCGUAUUCAACGCUCUCCACGUCGCUGGCGUCAAGCCCACCGCUCGUGUUGGUAUCAUCGGUGUCGGUGGACUGGGUCACCUCGCCAUCCAGUUUGCCGCCAAGAUGGGUUGUCAGGUUGUUGUCUUCUCCGGUACCGACAGCAAAAAGGAAGAAGCCAUGAAGCUCGGUGCUCGCGAGUUCUACGCCACCAAGGGUUUGAAGGAGUUGAAGCUGGAGAAGCCCAUUGACAACUUGAUCGUCACCACCAGUGCCCAGCCCGAUUGGAACAUGUACCUCAGUGUGAUGGCCCCCAACGGUGUCAUCUCUCCCCUUUCUGUCGACGAGGGCGAUCUGAAGAUCCCUUACAUGGGUCUGCUUCUGAGUGGUCUUCGCGUUCAGGGAGGUAUCGUUUCCGCCCGUCAGGUGCACCGUGACAUGCUCGAGUUCGCCGCCGCCCACGACAUCAAGCCCAUCAAGAUGACCUUCCCCAUGACUCUCGAUGGAGUCAAGGACAGUCUCAAGACCCUUGAGGAUGGCAAGAUGCGUUACCGUGGUGUUCUCGUUGCCCAAGGUCAACAAUAA